AUGUCGUUGGCGGCCAGUGCCAAGCUCGACAAGCUCGUCAAGCAGCAGUACAUGAAGCUCCCCCAGGGAGACAAGGUCCAGGUCACGUACAUCUGGAUCGACGGCUCCGGGGAAGGCCUCCGCUGCAAGACCAGGACGCUGGACCGGGAACCCAAAAGCAUCCAAGAUAUUCCCGAGUGGAACUUUGAUGGGUCGAGCACGUACCAGUCUGAAGGUUCCAACAGCGACAUGUUCCUCAUCCCGGCCGCCAUGUUCAGGGACCCCUUCACGAAGGACCCCAACAAACUGGUCCUGUGCGAAGUGCUCAAGUACAAUAAAGAACCCGCAGAGACCAACCUUCGAGACCGGUGUCGUCGCAUCAUGAGCUUGGUGGAGAGGGAGCAUCCCUGGUUCGGGAUCGAGCAGGAGUACACGCUGCUGGCCAUUGACGGGCGCCCUUUCGGGUGGCCUCCCAACGGUUUCCCGGGACCCCAAGGUCCUUACUACUGCGGCGUGGGCGCCGACAAAGCGUACGGACGCGACGUGGUGGAGUCUCACUACCGGGCCUGUUUGUACGCCGGCGUCGAGAUCUGCGGCACCAACGCGGAAGUCAUGCCUGCGCAGUGGGAGUUCCAGGUGGGGCCGUGCGAGGGCAUCAACAUGGGCGACCAUCUGUGGGUGGCUCGCUUCAUCCUGCAUCGAGUGUGUGAAGAUUUUGGCUUGGUGGUGUCCUUUGACCCCAAGCCCAUCGCCGGGAACUGGAACGGAGCAGGGUGCCAUACCAACUUCAGUACCGAAGACAUGAGGAAGGAGGGAGGACUCAAGGUGAUCGAGGAAGCCAUCGAGCGUCUGGCUAAACGUCACCGUUACCACAUCCGCGCCUACGACCCCAAAGGCGGCCUGGACAACGCCCGGCGUCUGACCGGCCAUCACGAGACCUCCAACAUCGAGGAGUUCUCGGCGGGCGUGGCCAACCGCGGCGCCAGCAUCCGCAUCCCGCGAGCGGUGGGCCAGGACAAACGGGGCUACUUGGAAGACCGCCGACCCUCCGCCAACUGCGACCCGUACAUCGUCACCGAGGCCCUGGUACGCACCUGCCUCUUGAAGGAGGAGGGGGAGGAGCCUAAGGAAUACAGCCAAUGA